AUGCAAAAAAAUUACAAUGAAUGGAUGUCUGAAUCUUUAAGGGAAUUAACACCUGCUAGUAGAAUCAAAAGGCCAUCCUAUGAAACUGUUGUAAAUUGGGUUAAUAGAUCAUGGAAUACAGGAUUUGCUUUUGGAUAA